AUGUUGUUGGAUCAUGAAGAUGAUGUAUGGAUCAACAACAUCCUUCCUUUUCUGGGCAUGGGUCAGUAUGCCUUUGUGGGUGGUGUCAACAAGAAACUCAAUCAGCUUUACAAGGAAUAUGGGGCUACAGUCAAGGAUCCUCCAAAGGUGAAGCAUUGGGAUUUAGAAACAGGUGCAUGGGGGGAAACUGCAGCAGGCAGCACUGACACUUUUUCAAGUGCCGUGUUUUACAGUGCGUCUUGUGCCAAGUACCGGUUCCAACAAGAUGAUGCUCGCUACAGCCUUGGUGGAAUCAUUGUUUCAGCUAGAAAUGGCGACUCGCACGUUGUGGAAUGGGUAUAUGAAAAUUGCCAAGAAGAGCCAGUGUCGUUGCAGGAUACUACUACCCCACUGAUAUUUCGGCCUUCCAAGCUUGCUUUUAUCUUUUGGUGCCUGCUGGUACAUCUUGUCUCCCGGUACCUGGUGCAUUUUCUCUGGUAA